GGUCCGCCCCCGCCGCCGCAAAUAAAGCCGUUGCCCGGGGCCAUCCCGCCGCAUUCACUCGGGAGCUGGGUUGUCCGGGCUGAGCUGAGCAAACAUGGGUUGGGGGCUCGCAGCCACCGCUCUACUCGCCGCCCUGGCGCUGGCGACAGCCGCAGCUGCAGGUGGUGGCCGUCCGAUUGUGGUCACCAGCUACGGGCCACUGGAGGGGAAGCGUGUGUCGGUGAGAGGGACGGACACGCCUGUCUACAGCUACCUGGGGAUCCCUUUCGCCAAGCCCCCCGUCGGCCCCCUGCGGUUCUCGAGGCCGGAGCUGCCCGAGGGGUGGACCGGGACCAGGAAAGCCACGGCCUUGGCCCCAGGGUGCCCACAGUACUCCGCAUUGGAGGACAUGAUGCUGGAGGGACUGAAGGUCACGUUGGCCCCGCGGGCGUACAGUGAGGACUGCCUGUACCUGAAUGUACACACUCCCGUCAGCCCCACCGACACCCAGACCAAGCUGCCCGUGAUGGUGUGGAUCCACGGCGGUGGUUUUGUCUUCGGCAGCGCCACGUACUACGACGCCUCGCCGAUGGCAGCGUACGAAGGGGUGGUGAUAGUGGUGAUCCAGUACCGGCUGGGGAUGCUCGGCUUCUUAAGCACGGGUGAUGCUGCAAUGCCGGCAAACCUGGGCAUGUUGGAUCAGGUUGCAGCCCUGCAGUGGUUCCAAGCAAACGUCGCCAGUUUCGGGGGCGACCCCCGCUCCGUCACCAUCUUCGGCGAGUCGGCCGGGGGUAUGAGUGUCUCGCUGCUGCUCGUUUCUCCACUGGCCUCUGGCUUGUUUCACAGGGCGAUCUCGGAAAGUGGCACCGCGUUACUACAGGGCCUUAUCACCAGAGAUCCAAUGUCAUCAGCUCAGCUGGUGGCCAACAAGACGGGCUGUGGCAUGGACACUUCACAGGAACUGGUUAACUGCCUGAGGAGCAGGUCAGAAGAAGAGCUGGUGAACAUCACCAAAGAAAUUCGGAUCGUACCUAUAGUGGUGGAUGGAGUGUUCCUGACCAAAGAAGUUGAUCAACUCCUUGAGGCCAAGCAGUUCCUCAUGGUCCCGUAUCUGUUGGGAGUCAAUAAUCAUGAAUUUGGCUGGCUCUUGGCUCAGUUCGUGAAUCAGCCUGGCUGGCAGGAAGGAAUGGACAGAGAGAUGGUUGAGAAGGUCAUCAGAUCCGCAAAGCUGCUGCCGCUGGAGGAUGUGGAGCAAGUCCUGGAUGAAUACUUGGGAGACACGCAGGACAGGACUCAGAUCCGGGACCUACACCUUGAGCUGCUGGGAGACUUGUUCAUGGUGUUGCCAACUAUCCGCACUGCAAGGUUAUGCCGAGAUGCGGGCGGCCCGGUGUUUCUGUAUGAGUUCCAGCACAGCACCAGCAUCGUCCGCCUCGGCCGGCCCGACUUUGUGAAGGCUGACCACGGAGAAGAGAUCGGCUACGUCUUUGGUGCUCCCUUCUGGGACGGAGACGUGGUUUUAUCAGAGAACGUCACGGCAGAAGAGAUGGCUUUAAGCAGAACUGUGAUGAGUUACUGGGCCAACUUUGCCAAGAACGGGGACCCGAAUGGUGAGGGGCUGGAGUUGUGGCCGGUCUACGGCAGGAACGAGAGCUACCUGCAGCUGGACGUGAGCCAGAGUGCCGGGACCCAGCUGAAGGAGCAGCGGAUGAGGUUCUUCAUCGAGACCCUGGGCUAUGGCGUGGGGUCGGAGAGGGAACAGCCCCAGACAGGUGACACAGAGCACCGGCAGGAACUGUAGCCUCCAGUAACCACCUCUGCUCAAAUCAACUAACCCUCUCUGGGCCUGACUACAAUUGGGAUCUCGGUGUAGCACGGACAACGCAGCCAUCUUGUCAGGCAAAAUAAGGAACCGUGGGAAACGAGGGAAGGGAGAAGCCACUCCGAACCAUUUAGACCAACACACAAACACACGGUGGUGCAGCCGGUGGAGCUGCAGCCUCUCAGUGCCAGAGACCUGGUUUCGACCCUGACAACGGGCGCUGUCUGUACGGAGUUUGCACAUUCUCCCUGUGACCACGUGGGUUUCCUCCUGGUGUGUGUUUGUAGGUUCAUUGCCCCUCUGUAAAUUGCCCUUGGGAGUAGGGAGUAGAUGAGAUAGUGGGAUUACAUAGAACUAGUGUAAACAGGUAAUCGACGGUCAGCAUGGACUCGAUGGUCCGAACAGCCUGUUAUCAUGCUGUAUCCUUCAAUCAAUCAGUACUUCCAUAGCUCAGGCCCUCAAGUCCUGGCGACAUCCUCGUAAAUCUUCUUUGCACCCUUUCCAGCUUAACGACAUCCUUCCUGUUGCAGGGUGACCAACUCUGAAUAGCAUACUCGAAGUGUGGCCUCACCACUGUCUUGUGUCACUGUAAUUUUCACAGCUAAGCAAAUAACAUGCCUUAAUUUCCAUUCACUAUAAGUUAGUGAUGAUUGAUUUUUGUGGACGACUUAAUCAAAAAUGGCCGUGGAAGACCAUUAAAUAUCUUCACCUUUCCAAAUAAUAUAAUCAGCCAGGCAGAUUGGGUGGGAGAGGCUUUAUAGACCUAUCCUACUCUCCCUUAUCAAUCCUGAGCAGAAAACCUUUAACUGUACUUUGGUACAGUAACAAUAAUAAAAUUAAUUAAAUUGAUCAGCUGAAAAUCAUCAAGGUGAUGGAGCAUUCUACCUGUAAUCGGAGAAUAAGUUGGUGCUUUAUUUGCGACUGAAUGAAGCAUUAACACCUCCAAAGAGUUUAAAACUAGAUUAUUGAAUUUUUUAACGUAAAAAGAUCUGUAUGGUUUCAAAUAAUAAAAGUAGGCGGUCAGGCCCUUAAAUAGCUGAUAGUGGAUGGGUGACAUUUGGGAAUCUCACCAACCCAUGUUCUGCAGAGAUACUGCCUGACCCGCUGAGUUACUCCAGCACUUUGUGUCUAUCUUUGUUAUAAACCAACAUCUGCAGUUCAUUGUUAUUACAAGCAGCUUAUUGUCGGGCGAUCUACCUGGAGACAUGGAGGACCGUUACCGUACUGGCAUCUCUUUGUCCACGGAGACAGAACUGGACAAAUGUAUUCCCUGGUGAAGGAUGCUGAGCUAAUCAGUCUGUUCUCUCAUAUACUUCUUUU